AGUGGAGGGGGUUUUAGGGGAGGGGGGUCAUAAAGAGUGAAGUAACAGGGUCAGGAGAGCUCAUAACAAGCUUAUAAAGACACAGACACCACAAGUACCUAGACUACAUUCACAGAUGAAGAUGAAGACUCUGGUCUUUCUGUUGUUGAGCCUGACAGUGGCUCUGCGGAGAGCACAUGGAGUCAUGGAUGAAUGGAUUGAUGAAUGGAAACCACCUUUGCACCAGAGAGAGAUCUACCCAGUCCUGAGAGACCUGGAGAAACCCGCUGGCUGGAACACUGAGGCGAUUGUAAAACAAACCCAGCUUAGUUCUGCGGUGGAGGAGAAACCUAAUGAACUGAGCCUUCUAGUGCAGGAGAAACCAGAAGAGCUGAGCCCCCUGGUGCAGGAGAAUCUAGUGGAACCCAGCCUGGAUUUACAGGUGAUUCCAGUAAGACAUGAAAAACCAGCUGAACGGAUGCCAGUGGUUCAGAAGAAACCAGAAACAGAAGACACUGUGGAGCUGGAGAAGAAAGUAGAGCAAGCCCAGGAGAAACCAGUAGAAAAAGCCCAGGAGAAACCAGUAGAGAAAGCCCAGGAGAAACCAGUAGAAAAAGCCCAGGAGAAACCAGUAGAAAAAGCCCAGGAGAAACCAGUAGAGAAAGCCCAGGAGAAACCAGUAGAAAAAGCCCAGGAGAAACCAGUAGAGAAAGCCCAGGAGAAACCAGUAGAGAAAGCCCAGGAGAAACCAGUAGAGAAAGCCCAGGAGAAACCAGUAGAGAAAGCCCAGGAGAAACCAGAAGAACCGAGCCCUCCGGUGCAGGAGAAACGAGAAGAACUGAGCCCUCCAGGUCAUGUGAAACGAGAAGAACUGAGCCCUCCAGGUCAUGUGAAACAAGAAGAACUGAGUCCUCCAGGUCAUGUGAAACGAGAAGAACUGAGUCCUCCAGGUCAUGUGAAACGAGAAGAACUGAGCCCUCCAGGUCAUGUGAAACGAGAAGAACUGAGCCCUCCAGGUCAUGUGAAACGAGAAGAACUGAGCCCUCCAGGUCAUGUGAAACGAGAAGAACUGAGUCCUCCAGGUCAUGUGAAACGAGAAGAACUGAGCCCUCCAGGUCAUGUGAAACGAGAAGAACUGAGCCCUCCAGGUCAUGUGAAACGAGAAGAACUGAGCCCUCCAGGUCAUGUGAAACGAGAAGAACUGAGCCCUCCAGGUCAUGUGAAACGAGAAGAACUGAGCCCUCCAGGUCAUGUGAAACGAGAAGAACUGAGCCCUCCAGGUCAUGUGAAACGAGAAGAACUGAGCCCUCCAGGUCAUGUGAAACGAGAAGAACUGAACCCUCCAGGUCAUGUGAAACGAGAAGAACUGAGUCCUCCAGUGCAGGAAAAAACAGAAGAACCGAACCCUGACGCGCAGGAGAAACCAGAAGCACUGCCCCCUGUUGAUCAAGAGAAACCAGAAGAACUGAGCCCUGUCGAGCAAGAGAAACCACGGGUAGAUGUGGCCCAUGUGGUUGAAGAGGAGUUGGUGGAGGUGAGCCCAGCAGCAGAGAAGGAGGCUCAGCCUGAGCAGGAGAUGGAGGCUGAGAUGGAGGAGGAUCUACUGAGGAUGGAAGAUCCCGAGAUGGGCAAACCAGAGAUGGAAGUAGCAGAGAUGGGAUUAAAUAUGAAACAACCAGAGAUGGAAGGAAAAGAAACGGAAGAACCAGAAAUGGAGGAAUCAGAAGUACCAAGGGUAAAAAUGGAACCUGAAGUAGAAAUGGACACAGAGGUGGAGAUGGCGCUUGCAAUGGGCGAGGGGCUCACCUACCAAGAGGAGGGCCCUCUUAUGGAGGGUGAAAAUGUCAUGGCUGUAGAGCCAAUCAUGGAUUUGGAACCACUGCCAGAUGACACUUUGAUUGAACAGAAUUGGAGAGGAAGCAGUCCUAUGGAUGACAACAAGAUGGCUCCAGAAAUGAUGUAUAAUUUUGAUCUGGAAGAGGAGCCAAUGACAGAACUGGAGCCGUUGCUAAGGGAGGGGCCUAGCCUGGAGGAAGACGAUGAGUAUGUCAUGGCGGAGCAACCAAUCGUGGAGCUGGAGCCUGAAAUGAGGGAUGUGCCUUUUGGAGAGAAUCCAAUCACGACAGAUUACGCCAUCAAGGGGGAGGAGCCAGUGAGGGAACUGAUAGAAGACAUGGGGCCUACGAUGGAGAGGGAGUACUUCCUGGCUGAAGAACCAAUCAUGGAGCUGGAACCUGAAAUGAGGGAGGGGCUAUACACUGGGCAUUAUCCAAUGACAGACUCAGCUGUGAUGGUAGAGGAGCCAAUGAUGGAGUUGGAGCCUCUAGAAGAGAAGAGACAUCUUAGGGAAGAGCGUUUGCUAUUGGAGGAGGGGGUUCGAGUAAGAGAGAGGCCUCUCAUGGAGCAGCCAACGUUGGGCAAGGGCCCCAUGAUGGAUGGAGAGGCGCGAAUGUGGGUGGAACCAGAGAGCGAGAAGCGGUCUUUAAAUAGGGAGGAUAGCGAGGUGGGGCUAAAGGAGAACAUGGCCCAACUUGAACCUACAGGGAGGAGCUCCUGCAGUGGUGUGGUCCUGGAGGGGAAAUGCUACCAGUUCUUCAGAGGCCCAAAGACAGCCUCAGAUGCUGAGUUCUACUGCCAGGCUAACGUCCCUCGUGGCCACCUGGCAUCCAUCACGAGUCAGACCAUCCACAGACAGGUCAUGGACCUCAUGCUGCAACAGAUCGGAGGAUACACACGCACCUGGGUUGGAGGACUACGCUACCUGGACACUGGUCGCUUCAUCUGGUUGGACGGUGCCCACUGGUACUAUGAUGAUUGGCUGCCCGGUGAGCCCAAUUACACGGCAGGAGUGGAGAACUGUCUGGAGCUGCUGGCACUUGGAAAUGGGAAGUUUAAUGAUAUGCCGUGCUGGGAUCUGCGAGCGUUUGUCUGCUCUCACCCUGUCUAGGAAACAGUAGAAUAAAGAUGACCCUAGACCAGUGGAGACUGCUGAGGGGAGAACGGCUCAUAAUAAUGGCUGGAAUGGAUUAUAAUGGAUGGAAUGUAAUAGUGCCAAAGCCAUUAAAACCAUGUUUUUGAUACCAUUCCAUUAACUCCGUUCCAGCCAUUAUAUUGAGCUGUCCUCCACCGCCCUAGACACUGAUCUAAAGUCAGAUUACAUUCUUCACCCCAGUGUGGAACAUUUGGGGGGAAACUGAUCCUAGAGCUGUACAUAUUAGUGCAUCCUCUAUCCCGAGCUCUAGGAACACAGCAGUGUCAGAUUUUAUGACCCUUGCACUUUGAACCUCAAGGGGGUUUCCAGUUUGAGUCACGGGGGUUUCAAGUACCUGGCUUCAGUGGUGAAAGAGAUUCUUAAACAUUUAACUGCAUUUACACUGUAAGAUAUUAUUUCUCAAUGAUACACAAUCUAUUUUAGAGCCAUAGGAAAGCACUUUUUAUAUUUUGAAGAUAUAGCUAUGUUCAUAUGUUUGUGUAAAAGUUAUAUAAAUGACUGUAAUCAAUUCUAUAAAGGGACAUUUUUGCUAGAAACAUUCUUGG